AUUUCAGGGCGAAACAAUAACGCCACGAUAAUUGGACGACAAGUGUGCAGAUAGCCUUACUCCCACAAAAGUUGUUUGACUUACAGUUUUGUUUGGCACCUGGAACACUUUCCUGAAAAAAACUGCAAAUCGUGAAUAACGUGAGCACCUACAACGCAACUAUAAAUUUCCAGAACAACGUUGAAUCGCCUCUAAAAUCGUCGCGUGUAAAGGCAGCUUUAUUAAACGUCGGCAUAUAAAAAAAUCGAUUUUGUUGGAAAGUCGAUGUCGACUUUGCCAUCCUUCUACAAAAGAAAGAAUUUUUUUAAAUCCAUUUGUUAUUUAUCAUCAAUGGUUAUUCUAAUGUAAUAAUUUUCCUCAUUACCAAUGGCUCUUGAAAUUGACCGAAAUAACUGUGCUUUUAAAAAAUGCGGAGAAAUAUCGACUUUUUUGCCAGCAGGGAAGAAAGAAUUUUUUCUGAAUUGUGGGUUUUGUGAGCUUACAUUUCUUGAGUUAAACAACUUGAUUGAGCAUAUAUUCGAGGAUCAUUCUGUGGAAUUCCUGGAAACUGAAUUAAAGGAAGACGUUGAGGAUAUUUCGCUGGGUUUUCAGGAAGGUUACAGCAGUGAAACUGAUUCGCAUUCAAAGGAUGCCGAUGUUGAUGGACAUAUGUUAACAGGUUUUGAAACUGUUGAAGUAUUGGAAACACACAAAUCAGAUACUGAACUCGAAGAUAAGUCUGAUUAUUCGAUAAAGGAAGAAAUUAUAGAAAAUAACUACGUGGAACCCGGUGACUAUGGUAUGAAAAAGGAUACUGCAGAAAUUGGCUCUGAAGUUUACGCACUCCACGAAAAAAAACGGUGGGUGGAGGAGCUACAGGCUUCCGAAAAUGUAAAAGUAAGCGUUACAUGGCUUUACUCGAACGUAACAGAUAUUGAUAGUGAAUAACAGAAAUGUGUUUCUGAUGACGGAGAUAUGCUAAUCUGCCUUUUUGCAUGGUGGAGGUGGGCGUACGGAAGGGUUAAAAAAGGGCGAAAAAAAUUUACUUAAGCGCGUCAGAUGUUCACAAAUCUGACGAUUGAGAUGUGGCGCAAAUUCGUGGCGUCUUUUUGAAGAUACAAAAAAAUUGCCAUUUCGAUUUACUCGAGCGCAUCAGAUUUUCAUACAGAGGGUUCAUCUCGCUGCCCUGGUCGUGCUGUUCCACAAUCUGACAAUUAUCUAGAGGGGUUUUCUUAGUCUGACGGUUUAAAUUUUUUUGUUCCGUUUUUGAGAUGCGUAGUCAACCAAACAUACAUAUGUAUACUCAUGUAAACACUUUAUAAAUACAUUA